UUAUCCAUGUUAAAAAACGAAACUGAGUUAUUGCACUCUUUAUUGAAGGAAAGGAAUCAUAUUUAUAUAAAAAUUGUAAUCACUCUUUCCAACCGUUGGUUUUCCUGUUAUCUUAGGUUUGAAGGUAAAAACAUGGAAAUCUUUAAAGUUACCAAAGAAAAAUUGGGUUUUGAUUCCAAGAGAUUUACUGAAGUCCUGGUUAUCUGCUUUAUAGUUUUGACUGUUUCAUUCAUGGCAUCAGUUAUGUACCGAAACUCAACAUUUGAGCUAAGUCAAGUCUUUAAUGGAAAUCUUGACAAUCUUACAGAUUUAACAGUUGAUUCAAAAAUCGAUUCUUUUGGCUACCUGCUUAAUGAGACUUUGGAUCGUAAAUUUGGGGAAGAAUCAGAUUCAAGAAAUGUUUCCUCUGGUAAAGAAGUUCUCAAUGGAAGUGCAUUUCCAGGAGAUAUAAAAGAAUCAGAUUCAAGAAAUGUUUCCUCUGCGAAGAAUAUUCAAGAAAUUUUCCUCUGUGCAUUUCCAGGAGAUAUAAAAGAAUCAGAUUCAAGAAAUGUUUCCUCUGGUAAAGAAGUUCUCAAUGGAAGUGCAUUUCCAGGAGAUAUAAAAGAAUCAGAUUCAAGAAAUGUUUCCUCUGGUAAAGAAGUUCUCAAUGGAAGUGCAUUUCCAGGAGAUAUAAAAGAAUCAGAUUCAAGAAAUGUUUCCUCUGGUAAAGAAGUUCUCAAUGGAAGUGCAUUUCCAGGAGAUAUAAAAGAAUCAGAUUCAAGAAAUGUUUCCUCUGGUAAAGAAGUUCUCAAUGGAAGUGCAUUUCCAGGAGAUAUAAAAGAAUCAGAUUCAAGAAAUGUUUCCUCUGGUAAAGAAGUUCUCAAUGGAAGUGCAUUUCCAGGAGAUAUAAAAGAAUCAGAUUCAAGAAAUGUUUCCUCUGGUAAAGAAGUGCUCAAUGGAAGGGCAAUUCCAGGAGUUACAAAAGAAUCAGAUUCAAGAAACAUUUCCUCUCAGCCUAAUAAGCUGACCAGUGAUUUUAAAUUUCUUCAAGGACUUUACUCCCCAGAAUUAGAUGAAAGAUCCUGCUUAAGCAGAUACCAAUCUAUCCUAUAUAGAAAACCUUCAACUCAUAAUCCCUCUCCUUAUCUCCUUUCAAAGCUCCUUGAAUACGAAGAUCUUCACAAACUUUGUGGACCCUAUACAAAAGCCUACAGCAAAGCCUCAAAAAGAUUAAAAUCUGGUACAAGAAGCACUAGUAGCAAGUGUAAAUACAUUAUAUGGGUACCUGCAAAUGGAUUAGGGAACAGAAUAGUAAGUAUGGCUGCAACUUUUCUUUAUGCUCUUCUCACUAACCGAGUGCUACUGGUUGAUCAUGGAACUGACAUGGCUGAUCUCUUCUGCGAGCCAUUUCCCAAUACAUCAUGGUUAUUGCCUAACAGCUUUCCUCUAAAGCAGCAAUUUGGAGUUACGAAAAUUAGGCAUGCUCAUGGUUUUGGAAGCAUUGCAGUAAAUAUGUCAAUCAAAUCACAACCAACACAUUUAUAUCUUAAUCUUGAUCAUAGUGAUUAUGACCUCGAUAAGAAGCUAUUUUACUGCGAUAAAGGUGAAUCCCUGCUUGUAAAAGUUACUUGGUUGAUUCUACUUUCAGAUCAAUAUUUUGCUCCUAGUUUUUUCCUCAGUUCAUCUUACAAGGAAGAGGUAAGUAAAUUGUUUCCUGAGAAGGACACUAUUUUCUUUCACUUAAGUCAUUAUCUUUUUAGUCCCUCAAAUCAGGCUUGGGGUCUAAUUACAAGGUUCUAUGAUGCAUAUCUUGCUAAGGCAGAUAAAAGGGCUGGGCUCCAAGUGAGAGUAUUCCAGGCUCAAACUACUACUUUUCAAAUUGUUAUGAAUCAAAUAUUGGCAUGUACUAUGAAUGAAAAAAUCCUACCAGAAACACAGACAGAAGAAAGUGUAGAUUCUGAAUUCAGAAAUAAGACAUCAGAAGCAAUUUUAGUAACAUCUUUACAUUCCGAGUUUUAUGAAAAUUUGAAGGAUAUGUAUUGGACAAGAUCAACUGUCACAGGUGAAGUGGUUGGGGUUUACCAGGCAAGUCAUGAAGACUAUCAACAUUUUGGGGACAAUAAGCAUAAUAUGAAGGCAUGGGUUGAAAUGUAUCUGCUAAGUAUGAGUGAUGUGCUGGUGACAAGUGGUUUUUCUACGUUUGGGUAUGUUGCUCAAGGCUUAGGGGGUCUGAGACCAUGGAUUCUUUAUAAGACAAAUGGCAAGAAAAUCCGAAAUCCACCUUGUGUAAGAGACAUUUCUAUGGAGCCUUGCUUUCACGUUCCUAAAAUUGACAAUUGCCAAGAUAAGGUGAAGAUUGAUGCUGGUGCUCUUUUACCCUAUUUGAGACAUUGUCAGGAUCGGAAAGAGGGAGUGAAGCUGGUUACUUUUCCUGAAGGGCUCUAGCUCUUAUUAUUUUCAAAAUAAAAUGAUUCACUUUGGAUUUUAGCGUA